AUGGCUAUUAACCUUUCAAAGUAUUCACUUUUUUUAUCAUUCUAUAACAGCAUUACAGGCAUUAAAUACGCCGUACAUGCUCUGAAUGUUAAUCCUAUAAAAGUCUACAGUCUAACUGGAAUUCUUGUUAGAAACAAGAUAUAUUAUCAUGGAGGUCUACAAAAGACUGAGACUGAUGAUUUUAUUACAAAAACUUUACCCUCUUCAGAUAUAAUGAAUUUAUCUGAAGAUGACAUAGAUUCGAUUUUUCUUUCAUUUCCAUAUCAUAACGCAUUUCAUGUAACAAAUAAUCAAUUAAAUUUCUUUGGUGGUCGACAUUCUCAACAGGCUGAUGAUGAUGAACAAAUUUUUGGAAAAUAUAAUGCUCAGAAUAAUAAAUGGGAUUUCUUCCAAAGUUCAACUGAAUUCCCUUUUAAUUUACAAGAUUAUUCAUGUGCAAUGACAGAUAAUGGUUUAUUUGUAAUUUUUGGCGGAAAAUUUCCUGUUUCAGGAACUACCACUUAUUCCAAUGACAUUUUUAUCACAAAUAUUAAUUCUAAAAAUUGGGGUAGUUACUGGAUUAAACCGAUCUUUACUUAUGGACCGGGAUCAAGAACAUUCCAUUCUGCAACAAUUCUUCCGAAUGGUAAAAUGGUUGUGUUGGGUGGCCAAACAAAUGAUUCGAUCUUCGUCCCAAUGUCAGAAAUUUGGGUAUAUGAUAUCAAUAUAAAUGAAUGGCAAGAUAUUGUGGCAGAAGGUGAUAUUCCAAAUCCAAGAAUCGCUCAUUCUGCAAUCUUGACCUUAGACAAUAAAAUCAUUAUAUAUGGUGGUAUGUCCGAUGUCAAGAUGUCUCAACCAUUAGCUGUACUAGAUACCUCUCUUUGGUUUUGGUCGCAUCCCAAAAUCAUUAGUUCAUUUGAGAGAUAUCACUACACAACUAAUAGAGUCGGCAAACAAUUAACUAUCACUUUCGAAAACGAUUCAAAUAUGGCCCCUUUUGAUGACAUUACAAUUCUUAAUAUGACUAUUUGGGCAAUUGACUCCACCUUUGAAUCAAAUACGUUGUCCUUUGAUGAUAAAAUGUUAUCAUCAAACGGUCAAAUAACUCUUGGGAAAAGGGAUACCGUUGAAACUAAUAAUGUCAUUAAUAAAGAAAGUGUUAAUGAUCCUAAUGAAAUCAUGUAUAUUGUUAUUUUUGCUGGAAUAGCUAUUAUACUUGCCGGUUCUAUCACUUUCAUUUUGUAUAUUUGGUUUGGUAAAAGAAGAAAACGCCGACAAAAACGUGACAUCAAAACGAAAAGUACUGCAGCUGAUCACAUCUCAAUGAUCCUGGGUUUUUUUGGGAAAUCAUUAGAAACAAAUAAGGCUCCAGAAUUAGAAUUAGAUUCAAUAAUAGAACCUUUACAAUUUAAUUAUCAAGAAUCUCUUGGCAAUUCGGGAACUGGAACUCCAUUGUCACCAAUAUCUCCUAAUCAUAUUGAUCACUCACAAAUAAAUCAUUUAAUGAGCAAGUCAAUACCUCCAAUAACUCUUCCUAAACCUGCAAUAGAAACAUCUCGAACUCCUUCACCUCAAUCACAUCAUGUUUCACCAUCGCAGUCUACAUCAUCCACCUCACAAUUUAUAAAAAGUGAUAAUCCUAGUCCUAUAAUAAGACCCCAUCAGGUCUAUAGGAUCAAUUCACGAAUACUCAGAUCACCCAGAUAA